AUGUCAGCUGUUCCUUGGAAGCAGGAGAUCAACUUCGGGAGUGCACUGCUGCUGCAUUCUUGUAUCACUGUCUUUCUCAAGGAGAUCAGCAAUGGCUUCGCAGUACUCUACCAUCUCUCGAUCCGUCAUAGGGACAAGGCUGGAAUCAAGACAUCUAUCGUGCUUGAUGGCUACACUUCCGUCUUUUCGAAAGAUCACGAUGGUGAGCUUGCAGAGCUGUACUUUACCAACACUGGGUUCAUUCUCUUGAUCAUCUCCCUCGCCUGUGCUAUUGCGAUGAACCUACUUCUACCAGCCACUGUACUCAACACUCUUAUCGCAGCGACAUUCGGCUUGACAUUCUUCGCAUCAGCAUUGGUGGCUUGCCGAGAGAGAAGCCUAGUGAUGCCGAUCAUGGCACUGAGAAGGGCUGGUCGUUUCAUCUGGUCCGAUACUCCAGACUACGUGGUGUUUCGGUCUAUUGCCAUCCUUGAGUUGGUGUUCAUGAAGGCAAGAAUCGCAGCGGCUUCUGUAGAUAUACAGCAAACGAUGUUGGAACGACUUCUUGACAGCGAGUAUGUCAUGGUCAGAGGUCGCCUCUCCGUUAUGCUCUACAAAACGACUAUCGGUUAUGCCGAUGGUUCACUCUGUGGCGCUUCCGGCCCUGUCGUCAUCACAGUCCCGAAGAAUUCUGGAUUCUUUAUCGACGAGGCUGAGGAGCGUGGCUGGCGCAUCUACCGCGUCUCGCCUACACUCAUCGUCAUUGAGGAUUGUGUUCAAGUGAUGAUCACAAAGUUGCGCGAGAGAGCGCCAACGAAAGAAAGACGAGGCUUGGUGUUGCUCUUCACUCGGUUCAUAGCAUGGACUCAUGGGGUACUGCUGCGGCGGUUAGGUAGGCGAAGAGUAGUCUGGUUAUCGAGAACGAACGGACAUGGGUCGAAAGAGGAUUACUGGAGAGGAAAUGCUAAUCUUGUGACGGGCUUGAAGGAAAGCUGGUUGCACAGCCGACAAAAGUUCAAGUGCUUAGACCCUGUAGAAAACGAUUCGCUAAUAAGCUACGAGAUCGUACGUUGA